UGGAACUGGUGAAGAUGGCCCGAGCUUGCUGGACUCUCCUGGUGCUCCAGACCCUGCUGACGGAGUCGGCUCUCCACGGGGCAGAGAGGAGCUACCCCAUUCUGAACGUCGCCGUCAUCCUGGGCCGGAUGCAGCGCCUGACGGAGAGGGACGUCCGCGGCCUCUGGACGGGGGAGAUGGCGGCCAACUUCACCCUUGAGGUCAACGUGGUGCCCCUGCUGGUCAACCAGACGGACCCCAAGAGCAUCAUCACCAACGUUUGCGACCUGAUGUCUGGCACCAAGAUCCACGGGGUGGUUUUCGGCGACGAUACCGACCAGGAGGCCGUCGCGCAGAUUUUGGAUUUUAUUUCCUCGCAGACCUUCAUUCCAAUCUUGGGGAUUCAUGGUGGUUCCUCCAUGAUCAUGGCGGAAAAGGAUGUGAUGUCCACGUUUUUCCAGUUUGGGGCCUCCAUCCAGCAGGAGGCCAUCAUCAUGCUGAAGUUCAUGCAAUACUACGACUGGCACGUCUUCUCGCUGGUGACCAGCACCUUCCCUGGCUACCGGGACUUCAUUGGCUUCAUCAAGUACACCGUGGAGAACAGCUUUGUGGGCUGGGACAUGCAGAACAUCAUCACCUUGGACACGCCCAUCGGGGACUCCAGGACGACGGUGCAGCUGAAGAAGAUUCACUCCUCCGUCAUCCUGCUGUACUGCUCGAAGGACGAAGCUGUCUACAUCCUGGACGAGGCGCGCUCGCUGGGCCUGACCGGCUAUGACUUCUUCUGGAUCGUCCCCAGCAUGGUCAGCGGGAACAUGGAGAUCACGCCCGCGGAGUUUCCCUCGGGGCUGAUUUCCGUGGCCUAUGACGAAUGGGACUACACUUUGAAGGCUCGAGUCCGGGACGGCCUUGGGAUUAUUACCACGGCGGCCGCUGGCAUGUUGGACAGGUACUCCUUCAUCCCCGAAGCAAAAACCAGCUGCUACGGCCAGCAAGAGAGGAACGAGCAGCCGUCUCACACCCUGCACACGUUUAUGAUGAACGUGACCUGGGAAGGGAAGGACUUAUCCUUCACCGAAGAUGGCUACCAGUCGCAUCCCAGAUUGGUGGUGAUCGUGCUGAAUCAGACCCGGGAGUGGGAGAAGGUGGGGAAAUGGGAGAACAAGACGCUGACCCACAAGUAUUCCGUCUGGCCCCGCUUCAAUUCCUUCAAUGACAGCGACCCCGACAACAACCAUCUCAGCAUCGUCACCUUGGAAGAAGCCCCCUUUGUCAUCGUGGAAGACAUGGAUCCCUUGACGGAGACGUGCGUGAAGAACACCGUGCCUUGCCGGAAGUUUGUCGUCAUUAACAACAUCACCAAGGAAGGGAGGAACGUGAAGAAGUGCUGCAAGGGUUUUUGCAUCGACAUCCUGAAGAAGCUUUCUAAGGCCAUCAAGUUCACCUACGACCUCUACCUGGUGACCAACGGGAAGCAUGGGAAGAAGAUCAACAAUGAGUGGAAUGGGAUGAUUGGGGAAGUGGUCAAAAAGCAGGCAGUGAUGGCUGUGGGGUCCCUUACAAUUAAUGGGGAACGUUCAGAGGUGGUUGACUUUUCCGUGCCGUUUGUGGAGACUGGGAUCAGCGUCAUGGUGUCCCGAAGCAACGGCACUGUGUCUCCAUCAGCUUUUCUGGAACCUUUCAGCGCUUCUGUCUGGGUGAUGAUGUUCGUCAUGCUGCUCAUCGUGUCCGCCAUCGCAGUCUUUGUGUUUGAGUACUUCAGCCCCGUCGGCUAUAACCGGAACUUAGCGCAAGGGAGAGAUCCUCACGGGCCAUCCUUCACGAUCGGCAAAGCUGUCUGGCUGCUCUGGGGCCUGGUCUUCAACAAUUCUGUGCCAGUUCAGAAUCCCAAGGGGACCACCAGUAAGAUCAUGGUGUCGGUUUGGGCCUUCUUCGCCGUGAUCUUCCUGGCCAGCUACACGGCCAACCUGGCUGCCUUCAUGAUCCAAGAGGAAUUUGUGGACCAGGUGACCGGCCUGAGCGAUAAGAAGUUUCAACAGCCGUAUGCGUAUUCACCCCCUUUUCGCUUUGGGACAGUACCGAACGGGAGCACGGAGAGAAACAUCCGGAAUAACUACAAGGAGAUGCAUGCUUACAUGGUGAAGUACAACCAGAAAGGAGUGGAAGAUGCUUUGGUCAGCCUGAAAACUGGGAAGCUGGAUGCAUUUAUCUACGACGCGGCGGUGCUGAACUACAAAGCUGGGCGGGAUGAAGGAUGCAAGCUGGUGACAAUUGGCAGUGGGUACAUCUUUGCCACCACUGGGUAUGGCAUUGCCCUCCAGAAAGGAUCGCCAUGGAAGAGGCCCAUAGAUCUGGCCCUCCUGCAGUUUGUUGGAGAUGGAGAGAUGGAGGAGCUGGAGACCCUGUGGCUCACGGGCAUUUGCCACAACGAGAAGAACGAGGUCAUGAGCAGCCAGCUGGACAUUGACAACAUGGCGGGCGUCUUCUACAUGCUGGCGGCUGCCAUGGCGCUCAGCCUGAUCACUUUUGUGUGGGAGCACUUGUUUUACUGGAAGCUGCGGUUCUGCUUCACCGGGGUCUGCUCCGAUCGACCGGGAUUGCUGUUUUCCAUCAGCAGGGGCAUUUACAGCUGCAUUCAUGGAGUGCACAUUGAGGAAAAAAAGAAAUCCCCUGACUUCACAUUAACGAGCUCGCAGACAAAUAUGUUAAAACUCCUGCGAACAGCCAAGAAUAUGACUAAUCUGGCCGACAUGAACCCUUCCAGGCUGAAUUCUCCCAAAAGAACACCUGACUUCAUUCACAGGGGAUCUUUAAUUAUGGACAUGAUGAUGGAUAAGGGGAAUCUGGUUUUUUCGGAAAACAGGCCCUUCCCAGGGAAGGAGAACAUUUUCAGUGAUAAUAUGAGCGAGUUGCAGACCUUUCCCGGCAACCGCCACAAAGACAACCUCAACAACUAUGUUUUCCAAGGGCAGCACCCUCUCACACUAAACGAAUCUAAUCCUAACACCGUAGAAGUGGCGGUGGCAACUGAAGCCAAAACGAACUCACGUCCGAGGCAACUGUGGAGGAAGUCAGUCGAAUCUUUGCGGCAAGAAUCUCUCCGCCAAGACUCUAUCCGGCAGGGCUCUCUCCAGCGGGAGAAUGUUUCUGAGGAAAACCGACAGCAUUCCUUGAAAGGCCCGAGGUACCUUCCUGAAGAGAUCAUUCGCUCGGAUGUUUCAGACACCUCGAGCCGGGCCACUUGCCACAUGGAACCUGAAAACAACAACAAGCACCACAAGUCCAAGGACAACGUGAAGAAAAGACCUGUCUCAAAAUAUCCAAAGGAUUGCAGUGAAGUUGAGUUGACAUAUCUGAAAAAUAAACAAUCUUUGCCCCGGGAUAAAAUUUACAUUAUAGAUGCAGAUAAGGAGCGAGGUUUUCAUCUUGAUACUCCUCAGUAUAUUGAAAAUAUUGUCCUUCCAGAGACAAUGGAGUUUUCUGAAGGGUAUCAGGACCACAACGAUAACUACCGGAAUGCUGAGCCAAGUAAUAGAACUCCUUUGCCAAAUGAAGAAAGUCUUCCAAACAAUGACCAAUACAAGCUGUAUUCAAAGCACUACAGUGUAAAAGAAAAAAAUGCUUCUUUUGGUGAGGCGAACGAGAGAUACAGGCAGAACGCCACUCACUGCAGGAGCUGCCUUUCCAGCCUGCCCACUUACACUGGGCACUAUACCAGCCGGUCACCGUACAAAUGCGAUGCCUGCGUGCGGAUGGGGAACCUGUACGAUAUUGAUGAAGACCAGAUGCUGCAGGAAACAGCCAACUCCACGCAACGGGAAGAUCUGUAUCGCCACGACUGGGUCCAGAAUAACAACACUCAGCCUCCCAAAAAAGGCAAGCUGAAGAUGAGCAGGCAACACUCGUAUGACAACAUCCUCGACAAGUGCAGGGAAAUGGACCUCGGGAGGCCCGCUCGAAGCAUCAGCCUGAAAGAGAGGGAGAGGCUUCUCGAAGUCAACCCUUAUGCAACCCUCUUUAAUGUCCCCCAAAGCAAACUCUCGAGCAACAAGGCUGCGCUUUUCUCACGCACGCUGGACGAUGGUAAGAGGGUCAAGUCCAUGUAUUCUGACCGUUCAGCCGAGAACCCUUUUCUGCACUCUUAUUGCGACGACCAGCUCUUGGGUCUCGGGCGGAGUCCCACAGACUCGUAUAAACAAUCCUUAAAAUCGAGAUACGAUAGUUACUCGAGGUCAUCACUAAGGUCGACCACCUCCUACUGUUCCAGAGACGGUCGGGUCCACAAUGACAUGUACAUUUCAGAGCAUGGGUUGCCUUACAUUGCCAAUAAGAAUAGUGUGUACUCAACUCCACGAGUUUUAAAUUCCUGCAGCAAUAGACGCGUGUAUAAGAAGAUGCCUAGCAUUGAAUCAGAUGUUUAGCUUUUUCAUUAUCACCUUUAUCUGUAGGGAAACAUAGUUGCCAGCAUCCUGAGGGGAAAAUGGUUAUCUUUGGCAUUAUUAUAACAGGAACUGGGGGAUUCUCAAUGCCUUCCAUAUAUCAGAUUAGUGCAGCGAUACUCAGUGGCUCGUGGGUCGCAAAUGGCUCUGGCAUUGACGCUUGUGGUUUUUCGGUUUGGCAGAAUGGCCUGUUUUUCUGCCCUGUUUCAGAAAAGUGGGCAAGGAUUUUGUCUGGUGAGGCCAGUUGUUUCCAGGUGCUUUUCACAUUAAAACAGCUGCUGCUUGAGGAACAGGUAAACUGUGAGCUUCCCUAAGUGGCAUGUAAAAGUGUAGGUAAGUAAGGUUAUUUUGGUUGACGGUAACUGCGAACAUGGCUCUCCACAAGCCACAGAGUGUGUACCACAAUUGUUAUAUCCAUCAGUUGUACCAAAAAGGAAGGAGAGAUAAGAAAGAAAAGUUCACUACACUACGGGUGUAUCUGUACUGCAAACAUAUACCAGAUUUAGUUGUCAUGGGUUCCCUCGUAGCUAGGAGAAGAUGUGGAGGGUUCCCUGUUUCAGAGCUGCCCCCCAGAAUUGCAGUUCUGAGGGUUGCCUAGAAACGGGGUGUUACAUUAUGCCAGUGUAAGUCUGUUGUGUAGAUAAACCCGUAGGGAUAGAUUCGAGGUGAAGUGAAAUCAACUGUUAUCAAUCUGUUGGGUGAACCCCGACUCAUGUUGGCAACUAUGUGCAAUUUUUCUACGUGGAGGGUUAUUUUACCUUGUCCGUCGGACUGAAUCCUUCUAGCACUUUCGUCCAGCGUAUUUCUACCCUCCCCAGACGUUAUUUUUAAUAGAGAAUAAGCAAUAUGGUAUGCAUGUAGUUUGACACGGAAACAAAAACAAAACGUGAAAAAAAACAAAACAAAAAGAACAAAAACCAAGCUAAGAAUGCAUUUGCACACUGACAAAAAAGUCAAAGAGAUUAGAGAGUUAUACUUUUAACAAAAAAAACCCUAUAUAUCUA